GCUAGUCGCCUAGCUGUAGGAAGUUCACCGUGCGCGGUUUCUGCGUCAUUUUUAGGCGCGCAUGCCGCCUUUAUUUAUUUAUUUAUCUAUCUAUCUAUCUAUCUAUUUAUCGUUUAGCGAGCCUGCGUCGAGAGUUAUUCUGCACGGACUUUUAAACGCAACAUGGCUUUGGUAUCAGCUGAUUCCAGAAUUGCUGAGCUCCUAGGAGAACUGCACCAGCUUAUCAAACAGACCCAGGAGGAACGAUCAAGAAGUGAACAUAAUCUUGUGAAUAUCCAGAAAACACAUGAACGGAUGCAGACAGAGAACAAGAUCUCUCCAUAUUAUCGGACGAAAUUACGUGGCCUUUAUACAACAGCUAAGGCUGAUGCAGAAGCUGAAUGCAACAUCCUGCGCAAGGACUUGGACAAGAUUGCUGAGAUAAAAUCUCUUCUGGAAGAACGGCGAAUUGCUGCCAAGAUUGCUGGCCUCUACAAUGACUCCGAGCCGCCACGCAAAACCAUGCGCCGUGGAGUGCUGAUGACUCUUCUCCAGCAGAGCGCCAUGACUCUUCCAUUGUGGAUUGGGAAGCCUGGAGAAAAGCCACCUCCCCUUUGCGGUGCCAUCCCUGCCUCUAGUGAUUAUGUGGCCAAACCAGGAGAUAAAGUGGCAGCUCGUGUCAAGGCUGUUGAUGGGGAUGAACAGUGGAUCUUGGCUGAGGCUGUGAGCUACAAUCAUGCCACCAACAAAUAUGAGGUGGAUGACAUUGAUGAAGAAGGAAAAGAGCGUCAUACCUUGAGCCGACGUCGCAUCAUCCCUCUGCCUCAGUGGAAGGCCAAUCCUGAAACAGACCCCGAGGCCUUGUUCCAGAAGGACCAGUUGGUCCUGGCCUUGUACCCACAAACCACCUGCUUCUACCGAGCCCUUAUCCACGCUCCACCUCAGCGGCCCCAAGAUGACUACUCAGUCCUCUUUGAAGAUACCAGCUAUGCAGAUGGCUACUCUCCCCCACUCAAUGUAGCUCAACGCUACGUUGUGGCUUGCAAAGAAACAAAGAAGAAGUGACUUUGCCCUGCAUCUGCAGGUUGGUGUGGAACAAGAUCUAUCCCAGUGGACCUCUGCAGAGGGACAAUAAGUGAAGUAGGAAGCAACAGAAACCAAUCAAGAGCAGGAGUCUAAUUUAUUAACCUAAGAAGCUUGCAUUCCAAUACAACACAGGCAGAGAAAUAAUUAUAUGAUUGCUUCCAAAAGUUAAAGACUGUGGCAGGAAUCGAUAGUUGCUUUGGAAGCAGCAAACUACAAUUCUUUGAGUAAAGAACAGACAAUUGUUUGUUAUUUGUCAGUUUUUGUUAUUUGGAUUUUUAAACUUGCAGCUGUUUUAUUUUAUUUAGGCUGCCUUUUUGGCAUGCCUCAAAUUAAUGAAGUGCUGCGUACUUUACAUUCUUUUCCAGUUCUUUUUUUCCCCUGUAUUAAGAAGAUUGCAAAAUGUCCUGUCUUGGAGAAAAGAUUUGGAAUUAAAUCCAGCAAUUGAAACAUAA